AUGUCCUAUAGGAGCACACCAACAUCAUCAUCAUCAUCAAAGACCGAUUUUGCUGCUUUAACGUUGUGGUUGAAUCGUGAAAAAGAAGCAUUUCCUCAUCUAAAGAAGGAAGUUCUGCCUGUUGACAAUUUUCCAACCCCAACUAUGCCUGGUCAUUAUAAUUCUACCUCUCCGAUUGAGCGAAAACGCAAAUCAUUAGGAUCAGAGAUGGGCUUUUACGAAUUGAUGCUCGAUCAAGCAGAGGAGGGUGCGGGACGAGAAGCUGAAUUUGAAAGCUUUGAAGCAAGUGGUAUCCUUGCACUUUCACCGGAUGUAAGCGUUGAGCAAGAACAGCAUUCACGUCAAAUUAUUGUUAUUGAAAUGGAAGAAGAUGAAGAACAGAUCGAAGAACAAGAACAAGGCGAAGAGAGUGGGAUACUUUCAACGCAUAUACUGGACGAGGAAAGCGGGAUGCCUUCCAUGCAUCUACAGGAAGAUGAAAGUGGAAUCUUGUCAACAUACAUACAGGAAGAAGAAUGUGGACAUUUUCUCGAUCCUGUAGAAGAAGUGACUGAAGAGCCAACGAUCAUCGAGUGGGAAGUAGAAGAAGAAGAGCUCUCAACACAUACAGCCACGCCCCAACGUAUUCAAGCGUCUUUCACUUCACACGAAGUUCACGAUUGGGCUCGUUUGCAUGGCUUGGGUACACCGUCAUCCAUUGCUCCUUCACCUGCCGCAAGUCGAUUUGGAUGGGCAGAAGUGAUUGCACAAACGAGGUUACAAGAAACGGAUGAACGAAACAAAGCGGUAACAAUUUUUUCACCCUUUUCUCCUGCAAAAGCCAUGGGUUUGAAGACUGAUUAUUGGCUAAUGUCACCUACAAAGCCAACAUUAGCCAAGACUAUGCUUUCUGCAAAACCGAAACCGCAACAAUUACUUCCGGCGGCGGAAAAGUCAGAUCUGUCAGAUUGUUCAGAUGAUUCACUGGGAUGGAUUGAAGUUCAACCGGUUGCUACAAAACAAGUAUCUGAUUAUAAGUUGGAGGGACUCAAUCCCACUUUCAGACGUAAAACUAAAUGGGCAACAAUCAUUCCGGAUCGUUUUGCUUCACUUCGUUCACGUUCUUCAUCCCGAUAAUAAUUUGCGUUACCUUUGUCAUCAAAUCAGCCGCCUUUCUAUGAAGUCAAGCCGCGUUUUCUUUCCC